AUGGGUGCAUCGAUGACUGUGCCAAACCCCGACCAUCGAACGCUGAAGGUAAUGGAAUUCAUAAACAGUGCGUGCCGUAACUUUGAACUAGUUAAUGCGCGUUUGGCAGUUGGUGUCAAGGAAUUGGCUGUUUUCUGGCGCCACUUCCGGGAAGGCGACAAGGAAAUGCUGGGUGUUAUUGCAAUUGACCAAUUUUACUUGCUGUUUCACGAAAAGCGGUCAAUUUUUGGUGAUGGAAUUUUCGACCUGUGCGACAUACACCAUACCGAGGAACUCGACUUUGGCGAGUAUCUUGUCGCAGUGAUUACGUGAGAAAUUGAUUGCAAGCGAGAUCUCGCGUGUUGAGUAUUUCGCAACUAUAUAGGUAUUGCCUCUUCGAACCACAGGAGAUCCUUCGCUUUUGUUUCUACAUAUUUGAUCGGGAUAAAAAUGGAUACAUCAUGAAGGAGGAGCUUGAGCUCAUGUUGAGGGUACUGUAUCAUAUCGUACCUCCAAAUGACUUCUCAGGCAACACGCGAAACGCGCUGGAAUUGCUAGACUUCAACGAUGAUGAGAAGGUAGACUGGCAAGAGUUUAAUCGUUUCCAUGUUCUGUUUCCGGCGCUCUUUUACCCAGCAUUCAGGAUCCAGCAGACCAUGAUUACUCAGACCAUGGGUCAGCGAUGGUGGGACAAGAAAAAAAGAUAUCUCCACGAGGAGAAGGUUCGGCGUGAUAUGAUUGAACAGCUUGCGGCACGAAAAGAACACGCUCGUUUAUUGAAACUACGCGAGAAGCGCAUCCGAAAAAAAAUGGGCCUUCUUAGAUACAUGUUUUGCCCUGCGCAAAGAGCCGCAUUCCGCAAGCUAUUCCCCGUAGAUGAUGCACAGGCUGAAAAAACUUUAAGUGAAGCAGAGCUCCAAGUCCAAAAAGCCAAACAACGGGAGGUUGAAAGGCGGCUUCGGGAACUCAACGCAAAAAAUCCAGAGACCAGUGCAUGGGGAGAUUACCAAAAACGCAAGACGAGGAUGGAGUACGCACAACAGAGUGCCGAUCGCACACAUCCUCGACGGUCCGCGAAUGAGCGGGCGCUACGUGCGGCGACGAGAAGAGCAAAGAAAAAAAAAGACUGCCAGACCUGAGCGUAUAGAGUUUGUGGCUGUAGGCUAGCUCUGGGCUCUCGUAAGAUAGCUUGCAUGGUAGAAUUGUGCACGUGAUCAUUUAAGAUCGUUCGACUCCUCUGGCGGCUUGGGCAGGGUAUUGCUUUACCCUAAGCAUCAUCAGCCUCCUUCAAAAUCAUGAUGCCGACCAAGAAACUUGACCCUACCAGGCCCCUAAGCAAAGAUGGAGCCAGUCACCGUUAAAAUCUUUGGGUCACGUGACUUUCUGCCUUAUCUUCCCUUGCUUGAAGUUGGUUCUAACUAGAAUGGGUUACUGCACAACGGAUCCAGACUACUAGGACAGAUCCAUUUUUUUUUUCUGCUGCGCCCGGGCCGUGCAGCCCAUGGCCAGCCUUUUUUUACACUGGUCUGCUCAGGCUACCGGGAGCAUCCCGGUGCGUCAAUAAAUAAUAAAAGACCGGCAGCACCAUUAUAAACAGCCGCUCGGUAGGCCAUCAGUGCCAUCAAUGCCGUCGUGUGGCAAGGCAUUUAUUUACCAAUUCAGCUUCCGCGCGUCGUAUUGCGACCGCUCAGACUAGCGGCUCGGGUGCAAGGUUAUUCCUCCCCAACUGAAAUGAUCUCACCGUGACUCAGGCUGUGUCCUCGCUGAGUCUGUCCUCGAUGCUUAAAAAUAAAAUAAAUAAAUAAUUAAUUAAGGAAGAAAUAUCCUGAAGGAAAAGGACAUACACCAAGCCUCUAGAGGCCUUCUCCCUGCG